UAGUGGAACGCCUACUUUUUCCCCCUCCGCUCAACUCUAUUUUGUUCUACAACGCCCCCUUCGCCGCCGCUGGUGGUGCGCCCCCACGCACGGUCCCGUUCGGACGCCCCGUAAUCGACCUCUCCUCUCCCUCUUUUGGUCUGCCUCACCUCCUCACCUGCUUGAACUAGGCGGCCUUCACAUCCAUCCACGCGGUGGCGAGUUCGUGUCUGCGGCCACAGAAUCGCUGUUGCACUUUUCCUCUAUAUUCCUUGUAUUCAUCUUCAGAUCGCUGCCUAUUUCCACUUGGACAAUCCCACUCACAGGAGAGAUUCUGCGCGGGUGCCACUAGUUGAUUUAAAUUAUGGGUUGUGUAGAGUUUAGCACAUGCUGAGCAAGUAGUUGAGAAGCAUUUUCUGAUUUCUACAGGAAGAAGCCCAACCUACAGUUUGCACAAGCAUCUUAAGCUUCCAAGAAGUGUAGUCUGCAGUUGAGAGAGGAAGCUGCUGUUGUUUUUUUGCUAAUAAUCCAUAUCAAGUCCUAUUAUUUAACUUCAGAUAGAUGGGUGAUUUGAGCUGCAGUAAGAUCCGAAACAUUUGCAUCCUUGCCCAUGUUGAUCAUGGAAAGACAACCCUUGCUGACCAUCUGAUUGCUGCAUGUGGUGGUGGGGUCCUCCACCCAAAGCUUGCAGGUCGACUGAGGUAUAUGGACUACCUUGAUGAGGAGCAACGACGGGCUAUCACUAUGAAAAGUUCUUCCAUUGCUCUCCACUACAAGGACUACAAUAUUAAUCUUAUUGACUCCCCUGGGCACAUGGAUUUCUGUAGUGAGGUAUCAACGGCUGCACGUUUGAGUGAUGGGGCCUUAGUUUUGGUUGAUGCAGUUGAAGGAGUUCAUAUCCAGACACAUGCAGUCCUUCGGCAGGCUUGGGUGGAGAAGUUGACUCCUUGCUUGGUCUUGAACAAGAUUGACAGGCUAAUUACUGAACUUAAAUUGAGUCCAAUGGAAGCUUACAACAGACUACAGAGGAUAGUUCAUGAAGUCAAUGCAAUAGUGAGUGCAUAUAAGUCUGAAAAGUAUCUUUCUGAUGUCGAUUCUCUUCUUGCUGGGACAUCUGGGGAUGUGGAUCAAGGGUUGGUUGAAGUGGAAGAUGAUGAGGAAGACAUGUUCCAACCCCAAAAGGGGAACGUUGCAUUUGUUUGUGCAUUGGAUGGUUGGGGUUUCUGCAUAAACCAUUUUGCUGAAUUUUAUGCUUCUAAGCUUCAAUUCAGUAUGUCAGCUUUGAUAAAGGGGUUAUGGGGACCGUGGUAUUACCAUACAAAGAAAAUGAUGAUCGUGGGGAAAAAGGGGAUAGAAGGUGUUAGUAAAGAUCCUCAACCAAUGUUUGUGAAGUUUGUGCUUAACCCUCUGUGGCAGGUCUACCAGGCUGCUCUAGAAGCUGAUGGAGAUAUAAGGAUGCUUUCCAAGGUUAUAAGUUCCUUCAAUUUAUCUGUACCACAAAGGGAGCUUGAAAACAAGGACAAAAAGGUGGUUCUUCAGGCUGUCAUGAGCCGUUGGCUUCCGUUGUCGGACACAAUUCUAUCAAUGGUAGUCAAGUGCAUGCCUGACCCUGUUUCUGCCCAAGCCACUCGCAUUUGCAGGUUGCUUCCUAAGAGAGAGUUAGUGGUAAAUAAUUCCAGUCUGUAUGAUAUAUUUUCUGAAGCCGAGAAUGUGAGGAAAUGUGUUGAGUAUUGUGACUCUAGGGCUGAAGCUCCAUGUAUAGCAUUUGUUUCUAAAAUGUUUGCUCUUCCAUUUAAGAUGCUACCAACAAAGGGUCCAAAUGGAGAGUUUUUAAACAAUCAACUUACUGGUGAAGUCGGAGAAUCUGGUGAGUGUUUCCUUGCAUUUGCAAGAAUUUUUAGUGGGGUACUGCACUCAGGGCAGAAAGUCUUUGUGCUCUCAUCUGUAUAUGAUCCGCUGAAAGGAGAAUCCAUGAACAGACAUGUACAAGAGGCUGAGCUUCAAUCUAUGUAUUUAAUGAUGGGCCAGGGUUUGUUACCAGUUUCAUCAGCAAGUGCAGGAAAUGUCAUUGCAAUUCAAGGACUAGGUCAAUAUAUUUUGAAGAGUGCAACUCUCUCAUCUACAAGAAACUGUUGGCCUUUUUCUAGUAUGAUGUUUCAAGUGGCACCUACUCUUAGGGUUGCUAUUGAGCCUUCAAAUCCAGCAGACAUGGGUGCACUUUUGAAGGGACUAAAGCUUCUCAAUCGUGCAGAUCCUUUUGUAGAGAUAACUGUUUCUUCCAGAGGUGAGCAAGUGCUUGCAGCCGCUGGAGAGGUUCACCUCGAUAGAUGCAUAAAGGACUUGAAAGAAAGAUUUGCCAAGGUUUGCUUGGAAGUUUCACCCCCUCUUGUCUCAUUUAAAGAGACCAUUGAAGGGGAGGGCAUUAAUUUAAUAGAGAAUUCAAAGGUCUCUUUAUGUUCUACUGAAUAUGUUGAGAGAACUACCCCAAAUGGUAGAUGUGUUUUAAGGGUGCAAGUCAUGAAACUUCCUAAAACUCUAACAACGGUUCUUGAGGAAUGUUCUGAUAUGUUGGGAGAUUUUCUAGAAGGGCAAUCUAGAAAGAGAGAUGGAGCCUUAGGCUCUCACAUUGCUCAGGAUGACGGUGAAGUUGUUGGAGUUGUCCGAAAGAGAAUACUUGAUGCUUUAGAAAGCGAAUUAGGUGUUUCUGUGAAAAAUGAUCAAGAUAGAGUUGAAAGGUAUCGCAAAAUGUGGUCUGAAUAUUUAGGGAGGUUAUGGUCACUUGGUCCUUCACACGUGGGGCCAAAUGUUCUUCUUGCACCAGAUUCCAAAGCAAGCAACAUUUCUAAUUUCAGUCUAGGUCAAAAGGGUAUUCUUAUACAGGGUUCAUGUGAUGUUUCUAAAAGAUUAGGGUUCUUUAGUGAUGCUGGUCUAGAAUCUGGUACAAGUUCUCUGAGUACUGAAGAAACAGCGGAGGAAACUGAGUCACUGUAUCGAGAAGCAGAAGCUCUUAAAAGCAGCAUCGUGUCUGGGUUUCAGUUAGCAACAGCUGCAGGGCCUUUAUGUGAUGAGCCCCUGUGGGGUUUGGCAUUUCUAGUCGAGCCUUAUCUCUUCCAAGAAAGCUCUGAGGCUUCCAGUCAGUCUGAUCAGUAUGGUAUGUUGAGCGGGCAAGUGAUGACUGCAGUUAAGGAAGCUUGUAGGGCAGCAGUACUUCAAAACAAGCCUAGGCUUGUGGAAGCUUUGUACUUUUGUGAGUUGACUACGCCAACAGAAUACUUAGGAGCAAUGUAUGGAGUUCUUGGAAAGAUGCGUGCUAGAGUAUUGAAGGAAGAAAUGCAGGAAGGCUCCUCCUUGUUUACAGUGCACGCUUACGUCCCUGUUGCAGAAAGUUUUGGGUUCGCUGAUGAACUCAGGAAAAGAACUUCAGGCGCUGCGAGUGCUCUGCUUGUUCUUAGUCAUUGGGAGGAACUACCAGAAGACCCUUUUUUUGUUCCAAAGACGGAGGAAGAAAUUGAGGAGUUUGGAGACGGCUCCAGUGUUCUUCCAAACAUUUCAAGGAAGCUUAUGAAUUCUGUGAGGCGAAGGAAGGGCCUUCAUGUGGAAGAAAAAGUUGUACAACAUGCAACAAAGCAGAGGACACUAGCCCGGAAGGUGUGAUCUGUAACAUAAUCUAUUCGGUGAUGAUUGUUGUACAAUUUCUACAAAAUAUUCUUGAUCAAUAUAUACAAGUGAACAAUUAAUUUAUCUAUACUGAGGUAGAAGAAUUAUGAUAUUGUCGA